CGUGAGUCGCAUCAGCCCUGUCUCGCCAUCCCGGCCGAGGAGGACAGCGCGAUGGCUCUUCCUUGCCUUGAGACCAACCCCACCGCCGGCCGCUCUCGCCGGCAGAACAUUUUCAGUGGGACCCAACCGGCUCGCGGGUGGCCUCCGCAGGCCACGUGUAAAGAAACACGCCUACUGGCCAUAGGCCACGCCCUCGCUCCUCGCCUGCGCCCCGACCUGAGAGCCUCCGAACCUGCAGGGGGCGAUGAAACUCUGCUUGCGCUCAGCUUGUAGCUGCUUCCGGGUCAGAGGUCAGACAGUUCAGCGCAGCGUAGGCCAUGGUGCAGCUUCGGCCGCGCGCGUCUCGCGCCCCAGUGUCCGCGGAGGCGAUGGUGGACGAGGGCCAGCCGGCCUCGGAGGAGGAGGCGGAGCACGGGCUGUUGCUCGGGCAGCCCAGCAGCGGCGCGGCCGCCGAGCCGCUAGAGGAAGACGAGGAGGGAGACGAGGAGUUUGACAACGAGGCCCCGGAGGAGCUGACUUUCGCCAGCGCCCAGGCGGAAGCGAGAGAAGAGGAGCGGCGAGUGCGGGAGACCGUGCGCAGGGAUAAAACGCUCCUGAAGGAGAAGAGGAAGCGACGCGAGGAGCUGUUCAUCGAACAAAAGAAAAGAAAACUCCUUCCAGACACUGUUUUAGAGAAGUUAACCACAGCUUCCCAGACUAACAUAAAGAAAUCGCCAGGAAAGGUAAAAGAAGUUAAUUUGCAAAAGAAAAAUGAAGACUGUGAAAAAGGAAAUGACUCCAAGAAAGUUAAAGUACAGAAAGUACAGUCUGUCAGCCAGAAUAAAAGCUACCUGGCUGUCAGGCUGAAAGACCAAGAUCUGAGAGAGGCAAGACAACAAGCAGCACAAGCCUUCAUCCAUAAUUCUUUAUAUGGGCCAGGAACUAACAGGACUACAGUAAAUAAGUUCCUGUCUCUUGCUAACAAGAGGUUACCAGUAAAAAGGGCUGCUGUCCAGUUUUUGAAUAAUGCUUGGGGAAUCCAGAAAAAACAAAAUGCUAAGAGGUUUAAAAGACGGUGGAUGGUCAGAAAGAUGAAAACUAAGAAGUAAAUCAAAGCUAAAUGAAGAAUCUGUAUGUAUAGAAUUUAAUAAAUCAUUCACAAAUCAUUUUAAAGGAU